CAUAUGAUUUCUGUACAAGCAUUGCAACAACAAUGUCGAUCAUCUCCUUUUUCGGCCGCAGAGGAAGUAAAGGCGACCUGUGGGAUCCUUUUGAUGGUGUCCCUUUUGCUGCAUCUCCGUUCACCAGUGCUCAAGUGGAUUGGAAGGAGACUCCAGAUGCACACAUAUAUAUUGCCGAUUUCCCGGGGAUGAAAAAGGAUGAGGUGAAGGUCGAGGUGGAGGAGGAGAAGUUGCUCAAGAUAAGCGGCCAAAGGACGAGGGAGGCUGAAGAGAAAAAUGAUAAGUGGCAUCGUAUCGAACGCAGCUCUGAUCAGAUUUUUCGAACCAUUAAAUUGCCACCGAAUGUGAAUACUAGCAAAGUGAAAGCAGCGCUGCAAAAUGGAGUUCUUACAGUUACAGUUCCUAAAGAUCAAGACAUGAAGGCAGUUGGAAGGUUCAUUGAGAUAUCAGGUUGAAGUUCAUGAAUGUAAUAAAUAACAACUACAUCUUCACAUAUAUAUAGAUAUAGAUAUAUAUAAUAUGAAUAAGAUCAUGAUAUAUGUAAUAUAUGAUAUGAAUAAGAUCAUGAUCAUCUUCCUAGUCUAA